AGAGGACACUGGGUAAUCGCCGUCGCUGUCUGCCUGACAUGGCCGGGGGUGGAGGGACUUGGAGCAGGAGAAAAAAGAUUCUCAUGUGAUUGUCCUUUAUGCUCGCUGACACUGAAUUCAGUCAUCAAUGAUGCUGCACCGUGGAAGUGUUUGGAAAAUUCAUAGCAAAGAUGGAAAAUGGAGUCGGUCUGCUGUUCUUAAACACUCGGGCUGUUGAUCUUAGAAGCUUUCAUGAUCUGACCAGGUCACAUUCCUGCAGGCUUAAAGAUGCAGUGGACCCCAGAGCAUGCGCAGUGGGCCGAGCAGCAUUUCGACAUCUCAUCCACCACACGUUCCCCCGCACAUAAAGCAGAGGCAUACCGCGGACACCUGCAGCGGACCUACCAGUACGCCUGGGCCAAUGACGACAUAUCGGCACUGACGGCCUCCAACCUUCUGAAGAAGUAUGCCGAGAAGUAUUCCGGUAUCCUGGAGGGUCCCAGUGAGCGGGCGCUCCUGUGCUCGUACUCCGAGAGCGCCCCGGGACUCUUGAACGGACGCAAGUCGGAGAGCGAAGCAUGGCAGGAGGGGAUCUACCCAAUGAGCUGUGCCGCAGAUGUGGUUUCUGCAAGUAAGACUGGCAUGACGGCCGCCUUGCCUCCUCCAGAUGUGACGGCGAGUGUCGGCAGCUCCACGGGGGUGGCGAGUAGCUUGACCGAGCCCAGCUACUCCAGCAGUAACUGCGGGAAUCAUGCGUCUACUGCACUGCACUCGGGGAUCCCCUCUCAGGAAUUCGCUAGCAGUUACAAUGGCUCGUACUUGCAUUCCACUUACAGCGGCGGGCAGAGCACCCCAGCUCUCCCGUCCCCACAUCCCUCACCUUUGCACAGCGCUGGGCUCCUUCAGCCUCCACCCCCGCCACCUCCAACCCUAGUGCCCAGCUACAAUGCAAGUUCCCCCAAUCUCUCCAGUUACAAUUACCCUCCAGCAGGUUAUCCCCCACAGACUCCCGUUGCCCCAGGCUACAGCCCAGGAGGAGCACCCCCUCCUUCAGCUUACUUGCCCUCAGGCAUUGCUGCCCCCACUCCCCUACCCCCUGCCACUCUUCCCGGUUACUCCUACCAGUCCCACAACCAUGCGCCAAUUGCACCAACACCUUUGAAUGGCAGCUCGGCCAACACGUUGAAAAGAAAAGCAUUUUACAUGACGGGCCAGGGAGAAAUGGACUCCAGUUAUGGAAAUUUCAACUACAGCCAGCAGCGUUCUGCUCAAAGCCCCAUGUACAGAAUGCCAGACAACAGUCUUGUUGACUCAACCAGAGGGAAUGGAUUUGACAGGAAUGCUGACACAUCAUCUUUGGCGUUUAAGCCCACAAAGCAGUCAAUGCCAUCGGAUCAGCAGCGGAAAUUCGGCAGCCAGUCCGGAAGGGCGCUAACCCCUCCUUCGUAUGGAUCCUCCAAAGGUUCCUUGGGAUCCCUGCGGUCAGGCGAGUCAUUUGGAAAGUUCGGUUCCCCUGUUUUGAGUGACCACGGGGACGACAACAGACAGCAUCACCCCCAUUCCAUCGGCACGGCCACUUCGUCCAGCCACCCCGCUGAGGAGCAGUUAAAAAACAGCGAUGCUAGUUUAGUAGAGAUGGUCACCACUGAGAUUCUGCAGCAGACGCCACCUGUGGACUGGAGUGACAUUGCUGGACUGGAGAUGGCGAAAGCCACCAUCAAAGAUGAGGUCCUGUGGCCUAUCCUGAGGCCAGACAUGUUUAGCGGUAUGGCCACAUUACCUCGCAGCAUCCUUCUCUUUGGACCUCAGGGCACGGGCCGGACUCUGCUCGGCAGGUGUAUGGCCAGUCAGCUUGGCGCGGCUUUCCUCCUCCUCAGUGGCUCUGCUCUAGUCACAAAAUGGCUCGGAGAGGGCGAGAAGAUUGUCCAGGCCUCGUUCCUUGUCGCUCGCUGCCGGCAGCCUUCAGUGGUCUUCAUCAGCGAUGUAGAUCUGCUGUUGUCUGCCCAGUUGAGUGAAGAAAGUCCGGUGAACCGAAUCAAGAGUGAACUCCUCCUCCAGCUUGACGGAGUUCUGAGCUCACCAGAGGAACAUGUUCUUGUAGUAUGUUCCACCAGCAAACCUGAGGAGAUCGACGAGUCUCUACGAAGGUACUUUGUAAAGCGGUUGCUCGUCCCCUUACCGGAUGCCACCGCACGACACCAGAUAAUCAGCCAGCUGCUCUCUCAGCACAACUACUGCCUCAACGACAAAGAGGUUGCGCUGCUCGUUCAGCGGACAGACGGCUUCUCCGGGUUGGAUGUGGCCCGGCUUUGCCAGGAGGCCAUGGUUGGUCCUCUCCAUGGCAUGUCCGGCGCAGACCUUUCCGGAAUGAUGCGACCGGUGUCGUACCAAGACUUUGAGAAUGUGUUUUGCAAAAUCCAGCCCAGCAUAUCACAGAAAGAACUCGAUACGUACACUGAAUGGAAUAAGAUGUUUGGUUGUAGUCAGUAAAGAGUGAGGGCGUAGUGAAAUCUGUAGGGUGAGCUCCUCUACUCGAAGAGGGGAUACGAUUCAGAAUUCUUUGGGUGACACGUGCAGUUAAACAGUGUGGUUAUUACAAAUGUAGAUGACCCCUAAAGAAGAACCUGAAGGACGGUCAGAUACAGUUGAAUGAUGCAUGGCUGUACUUAAGUCAAGGUCUGGCCCUUUGCACAUAAUCCAGACAGAGAAAUACUGUUUUCUGGGCUCAGUACUGCAGACGCAGAGCUCCACUUACCGAGGAACUCUGUCCGUGAGGACAAACUUCUUUGUGUGUAAAUAUCAUUCUGCUGUUUUCGAGAUUUUGUUGCUAUGAAGUGCCUGAAGUGGUGCUUUAUUGAUUUGUAUUUGGAUUUGUUUGCCUCACCAUCGACAUUGGUGGCAUGUGCUAAUAUAGAGAGCUUUAACAUGAAACUAAAUCAGACAUGUUCUGCUUUUCGUUCCUUUCCUUGUUUUCGACACUUCUCUCAAAAGAACAACAGUAUUCCUCAAUCAAGUCUGACCUGUAGACCCCAGGAAGGGCAGGAGAAGGUCCGUGUUGUACUUUUAAUCUGGAUCCUAAGUUAUGAAAUCCAUUUGUGUUUGAUUUUCUUCAAAAACUCAGGAAAGUGAUUGUGAUUUGUACAGUACCUCAAAAAAGAUUAUGCGAUAGCACUACAUACUGCUGACUACAUUGGGUUUGGUUUCUAAUUUGCUUCUUCUAAAACUCUAGGUUUACCUCAACCAAUUUAAAAAUGAAAAGGAUAUGACUAUGAAUGUAACCAGAACAUUUCUGGGUUGUUUGGAAGAAAAAUUUGGGGAGUUAUUUUUUCUUCCGUUAUAUUCUUAUUGUUCUUGCUAAAUUCCAUUGUGGACAUUGCUUUAAGUUUCGAAAGCAGAAUUGCGUGCCAGUAUUGACUACAGCACCUAUUCCUCCCUGCAUAGCACAGUUCAGACACUACAACGAACGCUCGAGUCAGAGAUGGGCACUGUCGGUUGUGUAGAUAAGGUUCGUCCGAAACCACGUCCACGCCAGAGUAUGCAGUAGACGUCACAUUUACGUGGUUGAACAGAGUUGGGGUGAACCAAAACUUUACAAAGAGGCUACCAGAUUCUUGAAGUGGAAAUAUUUUCACGUUCUUCGUAACGCAGUUACGUAUGUUUCGUUUUUGUUUCGGACUCUGUCCUGCUGCUGUGUGGUGUUGGUGUAAAGAUAUCCGAAGGAUCAUGUGUACCCUGCAUUCUGUUCUACCUCAGUUUAGCACUAUUUUCUCUGCAACUAGAACAGAAAGAUGAGAGCUUGGUGUCUUCAACCUCUUUAGGUUCGCUCCGCUCUGAAGCCUCCAUAAAGAACAAGCUGCCUUUUUUCCAAAAAAAAAAAGAGAAACAAAUGUUUGUCUCACACUACCUGUGCAAUUCUUCGAGUGCCCAUAUGACUCUAAACACCCCUUUGUGUAAACACUCACACAUUAUUGAUGGGGUCUCUAUGGGGCCACUUAUUGGGGCCACAUUGCCUAAGCCAGAAACAUACUCUACGCAAGUACGCAAGGCAUGUAGCAACGCACGUUAGAAGAUUGCUAGCGUUGUUGCUUUCCGAAAUGCAUCAGACUUCAAUUUAGGGCUGUGCAAAAAUCAUUCUAUGAUUAGUUUUACUAUUACGUGCUGUCAGAUGGAGUGACAUUUACUACACAGAGCCGUAGUUCACUGACAAGUUAUGCAAUAUCGCAUUCAUUAUCGGAGGCAAUACAUAUCCGAUGAUGAACGCAAUAUUGCAUAGCUUUUCAGUUGUAGCUCGUCAUUUUUUGCACAGCCCUACUUCAAUUCAAAAUGUAAACCGAGUGGGACUAAAGUAGGCAUUACUAUAAACUUUUUCUACAUUCAUGCUGCAUCCCAAUUUGUCCUAAAUAGUGUUUUCGAAAUUAGAAUUACUGUGUCCCAAAUCGUAGUAUGUCCACAACCCAUUGCACGUUGAGUGCGGAUUUAAUUAGAACUACAAAAACAAAUAAAAAGUGUUUAAAAACUAAAACAUGGUGGAUAUGCAAGACCAACGGUCAAAAAGAGUGACUAUUAAUCAGUAUCUGAUCUGAUGAAAAAAAAAAAAAUGUUAUUUGCAUUAGUAUAUAACAUUGUGAACUUUUGUAAAGGUACGUUUGGUCAUUAACUUUUAAAUGCAUCAUUAUGCAAACAGACUGCCAUACGGUAGGAAAUUAUAUGCAAUGUGGCGGAUGUUAACAUUUUUAGGGCAGCAAAUUGGGAUGCAGCAUAAAGUCAACUACUAUAAUGGCAGCACAACAGUUUUAGAGAAUCUUGCUGAGCAAGUUAGUCAAACUUUUUAUAUUUUUUAUGUUUGCAGACAUUUGAACGAAAAUUCUAUCGCCCCCUUGAGUAUGGAGGUAUGUUACUUCCACAAUAUUGCAAGUACUCCUGCAAUGCUUCAACGAAGCUUGUGUAUUUUUGCACUUGCAUACAGUAUGUUUCUAGCCCAAGGUAGCACAGGAUGUUGGUAACCUUGUGUUUGAAUGUAUUUUUGUUUCUUGAUUGUUUACUGCCUCUGAUCAUUUGAGUCAGCUUUUUUUUGUCUAGCACUAGAGUUAAAGCGAUGUGUUCCCUCAAUCAGUCUCUUUUUUUUUCUGCCUUUAUAUCAUGUGUCUCAAAUGUUGGAGAGGAUGCACACUCUGUUUUCAGCCUUUUUUCUUUUUGUCCACUGCAGUGUAAUUUUGACACCAUUUUAAGGUGCUUAUUUAGCAGUUGGAGGCACCAGACCUCCACUACAUGUGUGUGUAUAUAUAUAUGACAUAUCCUUGAAGAAAUAUCUGCUUUUUUGACAGACAUCCAGAUAGUCUUUUCAGUAGCUGUGAGACACCACUUACUUCACAAUGUUCGUAAAGUGAUAUGUACACCCAAAGGACUACGAUUUCUAGCCUUGUUUUGUCGUCUAAAGUGGAAACUUUUUUUUUUU